GCGGGCAGAGUGCACGUUCCGACUGCGGAUGCGCGCGCGCGCACGUAACGUCGGCGCGCACGCAUGCGCACACACGCACACCCACGCCGGCAGGACCGCCGUUCCGGAGACCGGUGUGCUGGUGAGGUGCCGUCGCGCUCAGGAUGUCGUACAUGCUCCCGCACUUGCACAACGGCUGGCAGGUGGAUCAGGCCAUCCUCUCGGAGGAGGACCGAGUGGUCGUCAUUCGGUUCGGACACGACUGGGACCCCACCUGUAUGAAGAUGGACGAGGUUCUCUACAGCAUCGCCGAGAAGGUUAAAAAUUUUGCAGUUAUUUAUCUUGUGGAUAUUACAGAAGUUCCUGACUUCAACAAAAUGUAUGAGCUAUACGAUCCGUGCACUGUCAUGUUUUUCUUCAGGAACAAGCACAUCAUGAUUGACCUGGGCACUGGCAACAACAACAAGAUCAACUGGGCCAUGGAGGACAAGCAGGAGAUGAUUGACAUCAUCGAGACCGUGUACCGAGGCGCCCGGAAAGGUCGUGGGCUGGUUGUGUCUCCCAAGGACUAUUCCACCAAGUACAGAUACUGAGCUCCCGUCCCAGUCCCACUGCUGUAUGUAAAUGUCACAGGGUCGUUUUCACGUGGAAAUACAUUAAAUGACCUAAAGCCUUUGACAAAGGAAGCGUUUGGGGAAAGUACGCGAAGCUCAAGUUGCUGGAGCGUCUUUGCUGUGAGGGCAGCACGGCCUCAGCUUUCCCUCUGCCCAGCCAUCGCCUUUCUGUGUUAGCAAAUAUCUGUAAAUAUCUAGCUGAGAUAAAUAAAAUACAUGGUGGUGAGCA